AGUUUGCUUGUUGCUUUACACGCGUGCGGUUCGCUUGGAUUUGCUCCUCCUUCGGUUAGUAGUAAGAAAAAAUCGAGGAAAAACGGAAGUAGUGUGUGUGUGUGUGUGCGCGCGCCUUUGAAAACCGCCAAAGGUAGAUGAUUCUGAAUUUUGAAAUUCCGCUGCUAUUUCGAACGGCGGUGCAAACGCGGUGAUAUACGCUGCGUAUACGCAACGUUGUCAGCACGUCACCCAUACGCGCAGUGGGCCAACCGUUAUUAAUGUGCAGUCUAUAUUGCAAAAAAGAACAAGAAUCCGCGAAAAAGCAACAAUUCGCCAAAGUGCCGAAGGCAGGAAGAGCCGAUUCAGGCAAACACAAACAAUUCCCGCACUUUUGGCCCAAGAUCCGCGGAACACGGACUAGAAACUACAAACUACGGACUGCUUACUACGGACUAGUACAUCGCGGGAAAUUUUAAGUGCAAAUAAAAACAAUGACGACAGCCAAAUGGAUUUGGCGCUUGGCGCUGAGCAUCUUGCUGGUCGUGGGCUUUGUGGCUGCGGAAAAGCCGACUGGCUAUCAUCGCGAGAUUUGCCAAUACCGCAAGGGCAAACAUAUCCAGCCCAUGAGUGUUUAUCACAAUCGCCUGAUGGCGAUGCGCGAACAAAUGCAGAUUAGAGCCACGCUGCAGGGACCGGAGAUCUAUGGCUACAUACUGCCCUCCACGGAUGAGCAUCUCAACCAGGAGGUGGCAGCGCGAGAUCAGAGAUUGCGAUAUCUGUCCGGCUUCUCUGGAGUGCGUGCCUUUGCUGCCGUGACCAGUCACGGAGCAGCCAUUUGGGUGGAGAACAGAUAUGCCCAGCAGGCCGAUGGAGAGCUGGAGUGCGACUGGGAGAUCUAUCUGACCAGCGGGAAUGUAUCAGUGGCCGACUGGUUGGGGAGCCAUGUUCACAUCGACAAGCGAGUGGGUGCCGAUCCCCAUCUGGUGCCGCACUCCCUUUGGGUUCAGUGGGAGCGAGAGCUGGAGGACAAGUUCCUUAAGCUGGUCAGGAUCAAUACCAAUCUGGUGGAUCACAUUUGGGGCGAUGAGCGACCGGAGAUGCCCAAGAACCAGGUGAUAAAAGUGCACGAGAAGCACUUCGCCGGCGAGAGUUGGCAGGACAAGGUCAAGGAGUUGAGAAGGCGACUGGCGCAUCUGGGCUGCGAUGCCAUGGUGGUCACUUCGCUCACCGAGAUUGCCUACUUGCUAAACAUUCGGGGCACAGACAUUCCGUAUACUCCUGUGAUUAAGUCAUACGCCGUGAUCAGUCGGGAUGAUAUAUUCUUCUAUGUGGACCACUCAAAGAUUAGUCUGGGCAUUGACCUUCAUCUCCGCACAGACUGCUUCAAUGAAGACUGCGUGAAAAUCAAAGAGUACAAUCAGAUCUGGAGUGACAUUCGUACCUAUGCUCAGAUCUGGAAGCGCGUCCUUGUACCCGCUCCUUGUGUACAGGAUCUUGGAGCGUCGGAGGCGAUAUACACCUCCAUGCCAGGCAAAAUUGUCGUCUGGGAGAUCUCACCCAUUAUCUUUAUGCGGGCACAGAAAAACUCCGAUGAACAGGCCGGUAUGAGAAGGGCACACAUCCGGGAUGGCGCCGCCAUUUGUGAGGCCAUGAGCAACAUGGAGACUAGGUUCCAUACCGAGCAGUGGACCGAGGAGAAGAUUAAGUACGAGGUAGAGCUCUGGCGUUUGUCCCAGAAGCACGCCAAGGGCUUGUCCCUGCGAACGGUGGUGGCCUAUGGAGAACACUCCGCCCUGCCCUACUACAUCUCCAGCAAUGUGACCAACAUCGAGGUCUCCGACCAGAGUCUGCUGGUCAUCGAGUCUGGGGGUCAGUAUCUGGAGGGCACCACGGACGUGUCGCGCACCUUCAUUUUUGGUGAGCCCACGCACGAGAUGAAAAAGGCCUACACGAAUGUUCUGGCUGGAAUUCUGCAUCUGGCACAACUCAAGUUUCCGUCCGAUCUGAAGCCCUCCGAGGUGGACGCCUUGGUGCGCAGCAUGGUUUGGAAGGACAUGACGGACUUCCCGCAGGCAACAGGUCAUGGCAUUGGAUCCUUUGGAUCUGUGGAAGAACCUCCUAUAUCAGUUUCCUAUGGCAAAAAUAGCAGUUUUCACUUCAAGCAGGGCUACUUCUUCUCUAGCGAAUCCGGCUACUACAAACGCGAUGACUUUGGCGUUCGUCUGAAGAACGUGCUCGAGGUUGUGGACACUGGCCAUACACAUCCCAGUGGAGCACGCUUCCUUGCAUUCCGGGACGUCACCAUGGUGCCGUAUGAGCCCAAACUGAUCGACAGUACGCUCCUGAGUGCCGCGGAGAAGCGUCUCCUAAAUGAGUACAAUGCCAAGAUCCGGAACGAUAUUGGGGACGAACUGAAGCGACUGGGCAACAUGCGGGCCUUCUACUGGAUGAUGAACCAAACGCGUCACAUUCGGGAGUAUCUGCCUGAGGAUGAGUACCGCUCUGCGACCGGAGCAGGAAGCUGUGGUCACUCCGCCAGUCCCCUGAUACUACUGGGACUGGGACUAAUGGUUAUCCUUUCUGCGAUUAUACCCUCGCGAUCCUAAGGACCAGAGCUUUCAGUGUACACUGUCUGUAAUUAUGUAGAUUUAGUUAGCUAUGCAAAUUUUAAGAGAGAAUCUGGGACUAACAAGAAAACGAACCAAUCAAUAACUGCAACUGUUAGUAUUUUAGUAACGUCAUUUGGCCCUAAGCAUCCAGUUUUGAUCGAAUAAAGUCGCACCCUGCCACCGAAUUUCCCCUUUUUAGGAAUAGGUAUUUACUUAAACCAAAUACGUAAUAUGAAAUGUAUAAUAUCCUUAUUCGUAAUCGACCAAAAAUAUGUUAAACCUGUUUACAUUAAUACGAGCAUUGUCUUUAUACUUAAGAAAUAACAUUGUAUAUUUUUCUAAAUAUAAUUUGGAAAAUACC